CCGUAUUUAAAGUUGAUUAAUAACUAACACACACACACACUUCUCUCUUCAUGCAGAGUUACUGAGUGUGAGCACAGCCCAGCUUGUGUGUCUCCCACAGGAUGUCUUUAGGUUGUCUGAGGCUGUCUCUGAGCCGUGCAGCGAGAGCCUGGUGUCCCUCGACAAGCCCAGUCACGCUCCUCCUCCUGUACAAAACCCGCUCUAACAGAACCACAUGGGGUUACUUGGGCAUAAAGCUUCAGCAGUGGACGCGGUUCUCAAGCGUAGCGGGUGACGGCGGAGACGCCUGUGAGGACGGAACUCAGGAGGAGGAGAAGAAGAAGAAGAAGAAGAAGCGGGACCCAAAAGCUCGAACCACCAUCAGCAGCGUGGGCAGGAAGAUCCACCAACGCCACCUGCUCCUGCUGGACGAGGACGGCGAGAACCUGGGGACCGUGCACCGGGCCGACGUUCUCAGGCUCAUGGACGAAAAAGGGCUGAAGCUGGUGCCUGUGAACGAGAACGCAGAGCCACCGGUGUACCGGCUUAUGAGCGGGAAACAGAUACACGAGGAGCAGAUGAGACUCAGGGAGAAACAGAAAGCCAAGGCGACAGGCGUCGUCCAGGUGAAGGACCUGACUCUGUCGUCCGAUAUCGCUCUACACGACCUGGACACCAAACUAAAACAAGUGUCCAUCUGGCUGGAGAAAAAGCAUCACGUGAGACUGACGCUGAGGCCGAGACGCGAACAGAGCGAUCAGGCGCUGAACUCGAUUCUGGACGAGAUGAUCGGGAGAAUAACGGCUCCGUUCGGCUUUGUAAACAAACCCAAACUCAUCCGCGACGGUCAGGCGGCCAGCUGCGUCCUGCGUCCUCCGUCCGCUAAAGAGCUGCAGGCGCAGGGGACGCGGCCCGUGACACGGGCACCCUCUGAACCCAACCCAGAGAGACAGGAGGCACGUGGAUCUCCGUCAGAGCGCGACAGAGACUCUCAGCAGCAGUGAUGUAAUGUGACGAAAGUACAACAGAUUGUUCACACACGGUUCAUAUAAAUGUGAUUAAUCUCAGGAUGGAGGCUGAAGGAAUGAAAAUCUUAAGUAUCACCUUAUUUGUUUUGGGGUCCACAUUUUUACGGUAACCUAAAAAAAAUAAAUAAGAGCAUUGCCAUGGCAAACUGCUCUUUACCGUACUCUGGUGUAGAUCAAGCAACAAGUAAAUAAAUAAUGGAAUGAGACUGUAAUUUCCUAUAAAAAUACCCCAUGGUUUUAUUUUACUGGCUCUGAUUGAACAGUGGGGUUGAGAUCUGACUGUUGGUUAUCAGACUUCUAUCAGAUACACAGAUUUGGUUUGGAUUCUCAAUGGCCGGUCACUACAAUAUCAAGAGUCUGUUUAAAUUCUGAUUGGACAGUGACUA